AUGUUCACGUGGACGCCGCCCGCCGCCCUGAAGUACCUGCGCGAGGUGACGCCGUACUUCCGCAAGGCGAGCAUCAUCUCCGAGGUGGGCUGGGAGCUGCAGCGCGGCUUCCUGUCGGCCGCGCCGCCUUCGCCGCGCUCGCCGCAGCGCGCCGACACGCGCUACCUGCCGCUGCAGCUCUGCUACCUGGCCAGGAACCUCCGCCACCCCGACCCCGAGAACCGCACGCUGGAGCUGCACUCGCCGGACGGCGUGCACUCGUGCGUGCUGCGCGCGGCGGACGCGGCCGAGGCGGCGGCCUGGUUCCACACGCUGCACUCUGCGCUGGGCGUGCUGGCGCUGCAGGCGCUUCACGAGGCGGGCCGCGCGCUCGGCGCCGAGCUGCGCCACAUGGGCUGGCUGGCGCGGCGCGCGCGCAGGCCCACCACUGGCAGCAACUCAGCCAGCAACACCAACACCGCCAGCAGCGCCACAGCCACCGUGCCCGUGGGCGGCGGGGCUGUCGCCGGCCCGCAGCAGCAGCAGCAGCAACAACAACAACAACAGCAGCAGCAGCAGCAGAGCGACGCGUCUCCCGCCAACACAGAGAAUGGGCGGUCUGGGUCCUCGGAUGGUGGAGGUGGGAGCAGCAGUGGUGGUGGGGGCAGUGAGGAGUGGCAGUCAGUGUUCGCAGCGGUGACGGAUCGUGAGCUGCGCUUGUAUCAGUCUGCACCGUGGAGUCCUGAGGCGUGGGGCUGCCCCAUCGACACCUGCCCACUAAUAUCCACCAGGCUAGUGAGCUCAACUCGACAGACAGAUAUGAUCACAUUCAGUGUCCGUUGUGGAACACCAGAUGGUGUCGUAACACAUCAUCUUCGAGCUGAAACUCAUCGUGAUCUUGCCAACUGGGCGCGAUCUCUUGUACAAGGCAGCCAUGCCUGUGCUAGUGCCCAGCGAGAACUUGCUUGUCGAUGCAUAUGGCGUAAUCAAGUAGCUCAACUCCUUCUUCAUUAUGAGGAGGGCUUCACGCUACUUGAUGAAACAGGCCGCACACUUUGGAAGUACCCGUAUGAGCGUUUGCGCUCCUCUGCUGAUGAUGGAGCUCGCUUGCUUUGGCUUGACUUUGGCAGUGAAGAAGGAGAAAUGGAACUGGAUUUGGAGUGCUGUCCUAAGCCUUUUGUGUUCAUUCUCCACAAUUUCCUCUCAGCCAAGAUUCAUCGCCUGGGACUGUAUGCAUAGACAUAUAGCUUACCUGACAAUUUUGAGCCUGCCACUGAUUGUUGUUUGCUUUCUGUAUCUGCCAGAUAUACCAAAGUCCGGUAUACUGCUAGUGUUACCUCAGAACCAUCUUUGUGCUACAUGGAAAUUUUUAUAUAAAAAUAUAUAUAUAUACAUGUAUACAUGUUAUCUUUGUGGGAUUUUUGUGCCUUUGCCAUCAUUUUAUACGUUACAAAAUGUUUUGUACUUUUUCAAGAACAAUGAUGAUGUGGUAAUAUUGCUUAUGAUUUUACUUUGACAUUUUGUAAAGUGUAUUAGUGAACUGGCAAAAACAUGUAUGCCAUUGAUGAUCGCACAAUCUCACUACAUUGUAAAUACUGUACUUCACAGUUAUUGUUCCUGCAGUCCGAUUAGUGCAGUCCUGUAUGAGGCAUAGGAAAUAGUGACAAGAAGAGUGUAAUUAAGGGGCUUAUGAACAGUUGUUUGGACAUAAAAAGAGAGUAUAUUGCUGUAAUUUAUUUUUUUGUGUAGUUGAACAAAGGAGACACCUCACUGCUUGUCAUGAGUACUGUGCAUUAAUUAUUUCACUUUUACCACAGAUAUUGUGUACUUCACAUUUUUCUUUCAAUUUUUUUUAUAAGUUUUAUGGUGAUGUUAUCUACUCUUGCCAGUUGUUCCAUUUGUCAAGAACUCAUUUUAGCCUUCAGUCUGCUCUAAUUUCUUCUUAGUAUUUUUCAUCUUUUAAAUGGAUCAGAUGUACUCUGUACUGCUCACUUCUUUGUCAAGUAACCUUAAAUUUAUAUCUUGGCAGAUUUAGUGUCUGUUGAGAGUGUAUUGUAUAACAGCUGUUAAGAUGAAUUGCAUUAAUUUUGCAAGUAAGGCUGAUAGUGUAAGGACAGGUAAUUUGCAGUUAUUGUGGUUGGAGAAAGUUGCAUCUGCUGUGUCCAUGCAAUUUGAGAGACAUAUCAAGUAGACAUUUAGUCCAUACUGACAUUUGUGUAUAAAUCUUUUUAAAACUGUUCUUAUGCAAGUUGUGUUUAAACUUGAAUGUGGUGUAUUAGGUUAAGCAUGCAGAAACAAUUUUUCAUCUUCCUGCACAAAUAUUUAUUGUAUUAUUUGAUGUGGAGUAAUGUGCAUUUAUUUUUUGAUAUGAAUGUUAAAAGUUUUAUUCUACUUUAACCAAGACUUUUAAUUCACAAUGUUUUUCAUUUAUUAAAUUAUGUAUUAAAAUGAUGUAAGUUAAUAUUAUUCAAUAAAACAGCUGGGUGUGUAAGGCUGUUCGCCAAACUACUCUGUCUGUGUGUGUGUGUGUGUGUGUGUGUGUGUGUGUGUGUGUGUGUGUGUGUGUGUGAGAGAGAGAGAGAGAGAGAGAGAGAGAUAUGUUUUAUCAAUAUUAAGGCUUUUUCUCCAAUUCAAUUGUUAUAUUAUAAAGUUACCAGCUCAACUGAUCGGUAUGUAAAUAAGGAUGAUUUGAUUCUAUGACUGUCAUGCAAUAUGUGACUAGUGCUUGCUUUGAUAGAUAAUUUUAUUUUCAGAACAUAGUUGAUUGAAUUUAAUGUGGGACUGUCUUCUGUCCCUAAGUGGAAGUUGUUA